AUGGCUGACGUACAUGCGAACGGGAAGCGCCCGGCCGACGCAUCGAUGGAUAUCGACAUGGAUAUCGACCUGGGCCCGGAGCCCGGAAUGGAGCCCUCGGCCGAGCUGGUUCAAGCUGCCAGUCAACCUGCCAUGCAAGUCGAUAUUGCCGAUUCACUGGCCGAAGAGGCCGUGUAUGAGAAAGUCCACGUGCGCGGCGUGGAUGAAUUGACCACCGACGAUAUCAGGCAAUUCGCCCAGAGUCACUUUCAGCAGGAAGCGCCUGCGCGUAUCGAAUGGAUCGACGAUACCUCCGCGAACAUCAUAUAUUCCUCCGCCGAUGCAGGGUUACAGGCGUUGGCGGCCUUGACACAGGCUGGCGAAGAAGGGGAUACGUCUCCCCUCCCAUCGCUACGUCUUCGGUCCGCGAGGCUUCUACCCACCCACCCCGAUUCGGUCCUUCAGGUGCGGUCCGCGGUCAAGACGGACCGCAAGCAGCCGCGCGCCCACGAGAAAAGUCGCUUUUACCUGAUGCAUCCAGAACACGACCCGCGCGAACGACUGCGACAGGAGCUUUCGGACCGGAGGCGCGGGGAUGAGGACAGCGAAUACCGACGUCGUCGAUUUGACGAUCAUGAACUGCGCCGGCGCAAGAAUCGUGACCAAGACGACCUAUUCAGCGCAAACAUGUACGAUGACAACCCUCAGAGCUACCACGACUCGGAACGCGACCGAGGUGGUCGGAAACGGCGCGGACCGCGAGAAUUAUUCCCUGACAGUGAGGGUUCUUCUGGGCGACUUCGAAACCGCAGUGCCUCGCCGGGCCGAGACACACUGGACGACGCAGACCAUGUCGAUCGCAGCAAUGACCGCAGGCGGUUCCGCGAGCGCUCUCCUCGUCGAAGUAACCAGGGCCGAGAGCUUUUCCCAGAAAAGUCGGGUACUCGCGAAUUGUUCCCCAAUCAACCUUCCUCCAGUUUUCUAAAGAGGGAGACAAACAAAGUCAGCAACCACCGCCGCUCCGAUGCUUUUGAUGCUGCGGACGAGACACCUGACCUUCUCGGCCGGAGAAUAUCCGUCCCGCACGAGGGUAAUGCCCGGAAUCACAAUGUGGAGCUCUUCCCAAGCUCAACAAAGGAGGACCAGGGUUUCGCAUUGAGAGGAGGUCAAAGGGGGCUGUCGAUUAAGGGUCGAGGCGCAUCGGUUCGUGAACUAUUCCCGGAUAAGUUCAACAACGAUAAUGCUGGAAAGGAGUUGUUCGAUGCACCGAUCGAAGGCCGGGGAGGUCGUCGACGGAAAGCGGAGGAUUUGUUUGGCUGA